AUGUCUCGCUCCGUCUCCAUCAAUAUGGGCGGCAUGCCCGACUACGGCAGUAGCCAGGAAGGCCUUGGUAUGGAGAUGCCUACCGGUUUGGAAGGAAUGGUCAACUAUGGCGGCCCAAGUGACGAGGGACGGGCAACAGGCCCCGGAAUGGCGCACCAGCCACAGCACGAUCCCCUUUACCCUCCAUCAUCCUCCCACGGGCCUCCACAAGUAAACCCCGUCCAAUUCCAGGCAGAGACGGGUAUGGAGGGAUCAGACGACGACGAUGAUGAAUCUCCUGCCCCUCACCUGAAGCGCCCGCGUCAGACGCAGGAUGUGCCUGGUGGCUUUACCUACCGUGACAAGGACGGCGAAGAGAGCAGCCGUCGCAGAAUUCGCAUCGAGUACAUCACCGACCGGCCGAGGCGGCACAUCACUUUCAGCAAGCGCAAGGCUGGAAUCAUGAAGAAGGCGUACGAACUCUCCAUCUUGACCGGCACACAGGUACUCCUCCUUGUCGUCUCAGAGACUGGCCUUGUGUACACGUUCACAACUUCCAAGCUGCAGCCCCUAGUUACCAAGCCAGAGGGCAAGAGUUUGAUCCAAGCCUGUUUGAACGCCCCCGAUGGCUAUGACCCCGACGGCGAACCUACAGGCGCUCCAAUGCAGGCCACUAAAGGAGGCAAGAGUGGAGGGCUGUCGAUCCGGCCCCACAAACUGUCGGCCGAGGCGUCCAAGAAGAUGCUCGCGACGGCAGCUCAGGUCGCCGGCGCAACACCAGGCGAGGCGCAGGCCCGUGCCAACCACGCUGCGGCUCAGGCACAGGCGUCGCAGGCUCUCGGAAACGGCACGCCAGGAGCUCAACGUCCCAAGAAGCGGUUGCCCUCGCGUAAGCGCUCCGCUCAACACGGCGACAUGCCUCAACAGCCCGAGAUUAUCCCCCCCGUGCCUCCGAUUCCCGACAUGCACCGCCAGUCGCCAUCGUCACAACACAUGAUGUCGCACGGCCAUCCUCAACCAAACCCAAUGCACUCUCCUCUCAGUGGCGGCUACCACAUGCCGCCCGAGUACGCUCCGCCUCACCACGCUCCUGGGAUGCCCUCACCGACCUACGGCUACCCUCCAACGCCCACUGGUCCGGCAAUGGAGUAUGGUGGCGCGCCACCACAGAUGGCGUACGGAUACCCUCCACCACCAGGCCAGCAUGCUGGUUUCAUAUCGCAUCCCGGCAUGUACCAGCAACAGCACCAGCCGCCGCAUCCUUCGACUGAACCUCGCCGCAUGAUGCCCCCGAGCGAGGGCAGCAGCAUGAGUAACAUGGGCAUGUGA